AGAAGAAUCUAGAGAUGAUGAAUAUCAGUAAAAGUACGCAAUUGCAUGCAUAAAUAGGCAUUUCGCUCAUUCAUUGUAGCUGAAAGAAGAAACCAAGUUAUAUAGGUGAAGAGCUUAUAUUAUAUAUAAACAUUAAGCAUGCCUGGAUCAACAGAUCCUCUUGUUAUCGGAGGUGUAAUAGGUGAUGUUUUGGAGCCAUUUACAAGUUCUGUUUUUCUCAGGAUACUUUACAGCAAUUCAUUUCAAGUUAUGAACUGUUGUGAGCUGAAACCCUCACAAAUCCUGAACCAACCAAGAGUUGAAAUUGGUGGAGAUGAUUUCAGAACCCUUUACACUCUGGUGAUGGUGGAUCCUGAUGCACCAAGUCCAGGAAAUCCAAAUCACAGGGAAUAUCUGCACUGGUUAGUAGCCAACAUUCCAGGAACUACAGGAACAAACUUCGGUGAAGAGGUUGUGGGAUAUGAAGCUCCACGACCUAUGAUGGGGAUUCAUCGUAUUAUUUUCAUACUGUUUCGUCAACCUAGCAGACAAACUGUGUAUGCUCCGGGAUGGCGCCAAAAUUUCAACACCAGAGAUUUUAGUGAGCUUUAUAAUCUUGGAUCACCAGUUGCAGCAGCCUACUUCAACUGCAAACGACAACUUGAUUCUACUCGAAGGAGAUAGAUAAUACGACACCAAUAUCCUAAACCCUAAAUUUCGAAAUAAUGUUAUUAAUCUACUCUCUUAAUAAUUAUCAUAUCAUCUUAGGUUUCGACAACAUAUAGUUGAAGACUCCAAAUCAGAAGUAUCACCCUGUCCUUUUUCGAAACCAGUGAUCCAAAAGUACACAGA